CGCCUUUCGCCGUCGCACCGCAGCCGUUGCGGGGCGGGCGAACCCCGUUCGAGCUGCGGAGCUUUGGCAUCAUGUUCGCCGGCUUGCAAGAGCUCGGGGUGGCCAACGGGGAGGACUUGAAGGAGACGCUGACCAACUGCAUGGAGCCCUUGAAGGCCAUCGAGCAGUUCCAGACGGAAAACGGGAUCCUGUUGCCCUCCCUUCAGUCCGCCCUCCCUUUCCUGGACCUCCAUGGCACCCCCAGGCUGGAGUUCCACCAGUCGGUGUUUGAUGAGCUGCGCGAGAAGCUUCUGGAGAGGGUAUCGGCUAUCGCCUCGGAAGGAAAGGCCGAAGAAAGGUACAAAAAGCUGGAAGAUCUCCUGGAGAAGAGCUUCCCUCUGGUAAAGAUGCCGUCCAUCCAGCCGGUGGUGAUGUGUGUCAUGAAACAUCUGCCCAAGGUUCCUGAAAAAAAGUUGAAGCUUGUGAUGGCCGACAAGGACCUAUAUAAAGCUUGUGCUGUGGAAGUAAAACGCCAGAUCUGGCAAGAUAACCAGGCUCUGUUUGGGGACGAGGUCUCCCCGUUAUUGAAGCAGUACAUCCUGGAGAAGGAAAACGCUUUAUUCAGUAACGACCUCUCGGUGCUGCAGAACUUCUUCAGCCCUUCCCCUAAAAUGAGGCGCCAGGGAGAGGUGGUUCAGAAGCUGACCCAGAUGAUUGGGAAGAACGUGAAGCUGUACGAUAUGGUACUGCAGUUCCUCCGCACUCUCUUCCUUCGGACACGGAACGUCCAUUAUUGCACGUUAAGGGCGGAGCUCCUGAUGUCCCUCCACGAUCUGGACAUCAGCGAGAUCUGCACGGUGGAUCCCUGCCACAAGUUUACUUGGUGCCUGGAUGCUUGCAUUCGGGAAAGGUUUGUCGACAACAAGCGAGCCCGGGAGCUGCAGGGUUUCCUCGACGGAGUGAAAAAGGGGCAAGAGCAAGUGUUGGGGGACUUGUCCAUGAUCCUGUGCGAUCCCUUUGCCAUUAACACCUUGGCUUUGAGCACCAUCCGGAAUUUGCAGGAGCUGAUUGGCCAGGAAGUGUUACCCAGGGAAAGCCCAGAGCUCUUGCUACUUCUGAGGAUGCUGUCCCUGGGACAAGGCGCUUGGGAUGUGAUCGACAGCCAGAUCUUCAAAGAACCCAAACUGGAGGUGGAUUUGAUCACCAAAUUUUUGCCCAUGCUGAUGGCCUUCGUGGUGGACGACUACACCUUCACGGUGGAUCAGAAGCUGCCCUCGGAAGAGAAAGGACCGGCGUCUUAUCCCAGCGCCAUCCCAGAGGCGUUUCCAAAAUUUCUGCAAGAGCAGCGGAUCGCCUGUGAGAUCGGCCUUUACUACGUGCUUCACCUCACCAAGCAAAGGAACAAGAACGCCCUUCUCCGCUUGGUUCCCGCCCUGACGGAGACCUUCAACGACCUGGCCUUUGGCGACAUUUUCCUGCACCUGCUCACUGGCAACCUCACCUUGCUGGCUGACGAAUUUGGGCAAGACGAUUUCUGUGCCGUCCUUUUCGACCGCUUCUUCCUGACUGCCUGCCCCAGGAAGGACAACGUCCACCGGCACCUGCUGCGGAUGCUGCUUCACCUCCAUCACAAAGUGGUCCCUGCCAAACUGGAGUCCCUGCAGAAGUCCUUGGAGCCCACCAAGCAGAGCAGCGAAGCGGUGAAAGAGCUUUUCAACCAGCUGGGAGAGAAACUGGAAGUCCGCAAAGGCAGCCCUGGGCCGGAAGCGGAGCCUCCACCACCGAUGGACCUGCCCCUCCCGGCAGUAUCUUCUACGCCAGUUCCACCAUAGAUGUAGCGGGGGUGGGGGGGGUGAGCAUCCCCUCCCUCCUCCCCGGAGAGCCAGGCUCCUUCCUGGCCCCGGGCGUAAAGGGUGGGGCAUCGCUGGGAACACAAGGCCCCCGGCCCACCUUGGAGGAAGCUUCUCGGGCGCCCACUCAGCACCUCAUCUCAUGGUCCCCUGGGGGCCUCCCUAGAAGGGAGCUGCACCAUUAAGGGUGGGGCCGGGGGGGGGGAUUUUUGAAGGGGGAGGUCCUUUGGGGCCGGGGUCUCCUCCAACCAUGGCGCCUUUUCAAGCUUUUGUGGACUCCCAGAGUGCCUCAGCCAGCCGGUUGAAGCGGCCAGGGUGGGGGAGGUCUAGGGUGCCUGGAUCAGCCCUGGAGGGGCAGGGCAGGUUUCAAUCCAGGUGCUAUUUUUGUAAAGAAAAA